GGAGUCGGCGGCAGUCGUACUGCGCUUCCGCUCCGGCUCGCCUCGAAUCAUGAGCAGCGCGGCUGGCAGGGACCUGGCCGAGGCGCCUGAGGAGCGGCAUUUCCUCAGCACGGAGGAGGCGGCUGCACUGGAGCGGGAGCUGCUAGAGGAUUAUCGCUUUGGGCGGCAGCAGCUGGUGGAGUUGUGUGGCCAUGCUAGUGCUGUGGCUGUGACCAAGGUGUUCCCCUUGCCUACUCUCUCCCGGAAGCAGAGGACAGUGCUGGUCGUGUGCGGCCCGGAGCAGAACGGGGCGGUGGGGCUGGUCUGUGCCCGGCACUUGCGGGUGUUUGAGUACGAACCGACCAUCUUCUACCCCACACGCUCACUGGACCCGCUGCACCAGGACCUGACCACCCAGUGCGAGAAGAUGGACAUCCCCUUUCUGUCCUAUCUCCCCACAGAGGUCCAGCUCGUCAAUGACGCCUAUGGGCUGGUGGUGGAUGCCGUGCUGGGUCCCGGCGUGGAGCCCUGUGAGGUUGGGGGCCCCUGCACACGUGCGCUAGCUACGCUCAAGCUGCUGUCCAUCCCCCUUGUGAGCCUGGACAUUCCCUCAGGCUGGGAUGCGGAGACCGGCGGUGGCGACGGCGAGGACGGGCUGCAACCCGACGUGCUGGUAUCGCUGGCGGCGCCCAAGCUCUGUGCCGGCCGCUUCUCCGGGCGCCACCACUUCGUGGCCGGCAGGUUUGUGCCGGACGACGUGCGCCGAAAGUUCGCUCUGCGCCUGCCGGGGUACAUGGGCACCGACUGCGUGGCGGCGCUGUGACCGCCUCCCGCACCCACGCAGCUUGGACGUGCGUCAAUAAACAGACGACCCACCACC